AUGGAGUCUCCCACUGCUGCACCUACCGAGCCUGCCGCUACGAUGGCAGCACAAAGCGGCCUCGAGCCGUUUCGCCUCAUGGACCUUCCCACAGAAUUGCGCCUCAUGAUCUACAAGCAACUCCCUCGUCAGAUCAAGCAUACUGAGCUUCGAUAUCACCCCGCGAACUGUUUUGACAACGACAAGAUUGACUCGAUCAUCCUGGUCACACGUCACCUUCCAACAGCUCUGUUGCGUACAAGCCGUGAAAUAUACGCUGAAGCGCACGAUAUUGUUGCCGCUCUGAUCCGGACCUUUGUGAAAGAGUCGCAGCCAAGGGUCAUCGAACAUGACUCCUACGUGCAAAUGCUUGAUGUCCUCAGAGCCGUUACGACAGAACGUGAAAGGCUUGCUCCUGGUCGAUCCUGUGAUAUGAUAAGAGUCAGUCAAAGACACCCAGAAUUCGUCUACCACCCCGAGGAAACCGAACCACCUCGCGAGGUCACACAAUUUAUCUGUCAAGCUACAUUAGCGACCAGCAACCCUAUCGCGAUUAUAUCUUGCGUCGAUUUCGACAGCACAGCAGAUCACUUAACAACAGCCGAUGGCGAUCACUUGGUCAUCAGGAAUUGCUAUUCCAACGCCGAUAUGUCAACUGCCCAAUUCGAGUCGUUCCCGUUUUUGAGACUUCCCACGGAGAUACGUUUACUCGUCUAUGAACAUCUACCGCGUCAGGUCAAGCACACUGAAGUCUCUAUAGACGAUUUUGUCGCCAUCUUGGUCAUAUGGCACUUGCCCACGGUUAUACUACGCACUAGCAAGCUGAUUCGCGCAGAAGCACAGCCCAUCAUCAAGAGGCUGAUACAAGAGUUCAUUGAAGAGUCACAAACGAAGAUCGUCGGGCUCAGCAAGAGUGGUUCCAAGAUAAGACAUUGCAAAAUCCUGGAGUGCUUGACGACGCAAAUACCUAGGGAACGGAAUGCAGUGGAAGAUCUUGAACACUAA